CAGGCAGAUGGUCAGCUGUGGGGAUGCUUAAAGACACAACGAAUGUUCCCACAUAACAACGGACAAAGUGCUGCCAGGUAAAGAAUAGGAAGGAGCACCUGGUAAAACAAACGCACGCUUGGAUUAAGUGGAGGUAGCGGUCCUCCUUUUGGACCGAACAGACACUCCCACCCCCCGCUAUUUAAGGUGGAGUGAACAAGAAUGGUUUAUGUUUGUGGAUGAGCAGGAGACUUGAGCUUAACUUCGGACACAAAUGAAUGUUUGCCAUGCCACUUGGGAUGUCUCUGAUCUCAGCCCCGCUCGUCUUCCUCCUGGUCACCACCACAUGCUCCCUCGCUGUCUGCACUUAUCCACGCUUCUCCAGAAAUGAUACUUCAUUUGAGCACCUGGUCCUGCACCCAGACCCCUCUGUAGGCACGGUCUACGUGGGGGCCAGGGACCAUCUCUUCCAACUGGACGGGUUGGACGGCCUGCGUCUGGAGCAGGAGGAGAGGACCGGCCCAGUGACUGAUAGUAAGGAGUGUCUUCCCCCUGUCACAGAGGUCAACUGCCCCCAGGCCCGGCACACCUCCAACCACAACAAACUGCUCCUGGUGGACCCCUCAGCCAUGGAGCUCAUCACCUGUGGUAACGUCCACCAAGGCACCUGCCAGAAGCGCAGCCUAACCUCUGUGAAGGAGGUGCUGUUCUCCACAGAGAGGCCGGUGGAUACCCAGUACGUGGCGGCCAACGACCCGGGGGUGUCCACCGUCGGGCUGGUGGUGGGGCCCCGAGGCGGGGAGCGGGCUGUGCUCUAUGUGGGCCGUGGUUACACAAGCAGCCAUCCGCCCAUCUCCACACGCCAUCUGGCCCACGAGCCUGUGUUCUCAUACGACGAGACUGCCAAGCUGGCCGUGGCGGGAAGGCUUUCAGAGUACGACCACCAUUUUGUAGCUGCCUUCACUCGGCGUGGGCAUGUGUACUUCUUGUUCUAUCGCCGUGACAUUAAGGCUGUGACGCGGGAAUACCGUACGUAUGCUGCCCGCGUGUGUCUGGAUGACUCCUCCUACUACUCCUAUGUAGAGGUACCCCUGGUGUGUCACUCCUCCUCUACCUCCUCCCCAGAGAGGAACUACAACCUUCUGCAGGCAGCCCAGGUGGGUCAGGGGGGCGGCAGAGAGGGGGAGAAACUGCUUGGGCUCUUCUCCACCAGGGCCAGCUCCUCCAACGGGCCCUCAGACGAGUCGGCUCUGUGUGUGUACGCCCUGGACGAGCUGGACAGACACAUCGACUCCACACGAGACCUGUGCUACACGCAGGAUGGCCGGGUGGAGGGAGGAGGGGAGGUGGCCUACAUCGAGUACGAGGUCAAGUCCAGCUGUGCCAAUUUACCCACGAACACCCUGAAGGCUUAUCCCUGUGGCUCUGACCACACCCCCAGUCCAAUGGCCAGCAGGGUGCCCAUAGAAGCUGAGGCAGUAUUGGAUAGCCCGUCCGCCCGUCUCACUGCUGUGGCUGUCAGUGUGAGGGCGGGGCACACAAUUGCCUUUUUAGGAGACUCUAAAGGGAAUUUGCACAAGGUGUUUCUAGGCUCUGGAGGUAGGGUGGAGAAGUACUCCUCCAUACUCAUCCAGCCCAACUCACCCAUCAGCAGUGACCUCCUCCUGGACCAGAUGGAGACUUACAUCUACAUCAUGACCAGCACAAUGGUGGAGAAGCGGCCGGUGGCAGAGUGUGGAGAUCACCUGGACUGUCAGUCCUGUCUCUCAGCCCGAGAGCCGUACUGUGGCUGGUGUGUUCUGGAGGGCAGGUGUGGCCAGCGUUCCCAGUGCAGUCGGGGGGCACUGCAGGGCCAGUGGCUGUGGAGCUUUGACCAGCAGCAGCAGUGUCUCAGUAUCCAAUCCCUGAGCCUGUAUAACAUCAGCCUUGGAGUGAAGACAGACAUUGCUGUUUCAGUGAAGGGGUUGCCCAGUUUAGUGGAAGGCGAAGAAUACAAAUGUUUCUACCAGGAUGUGGAAAGUCCUGCCAACGUCACAGACACUGGUGUGACCUGCUCUACCCCCGACUCCAGAAGGCUGCCUCUUAUUGGACAAGGAGAAGACUCCGUCACCGUCCCUCUAUCCCUUCGCUUCCUCAAUGUGACAGUGGCUGCUUGGGAGUUCACCUUCUUUGACUGUGGUGUGGUCCAACAGCUCUCUGGAGGCAUGCCGUGCAGAGGGUGUGUGAGCAGUCGCUGGGGCUGUAACUGGUGUAUUCACCAGCACGUAUGCACCCCCAACACUUCCUGUGAUGAUGGAAUCACAAUUUACAACAAACACUUGAAACCACCAACAGCCACUCCCCCAGCAACCAAACAAUCUGAUACUGUAACUCCAACUGUUCUAGCUACUCCAACACUCCCAUACACAGAGGUAUCUGUUAGGACCACUCCCCCAGUCCCAGCCAGCACGGAUGUGCCCUUAGCCACUCACCCCACCACCCCCGAGCCCACUAAAGUCCCCACCACCCACUCACAAACCAUCGCCACCACCACAUUUUCAACCACACUGGCCACCCAGGCUACGACUGCACUGGAAGGGACAACCAGUCUGCAGGCAGGGGCCAUCGCAGAAGAGACCAAAGUGGAGGGAAAUGGAGAUGGGAGUCUCCCCAGGACUACUGGUGGAACAGAGCAGACAACAGUCACCAGAGUUGAGCUGCUAGACUGGCCCGAGGCUCUAGAGAUGUUUCCUAGUAUUACUGCUGGACUGACGGGCCUCACUGGGAUGGAGCCCUCGUCCCCUGACACCACCUCAACCAUCUCCAGUGUUGUCCCCCUGUUAGUGGACCUGCCCACUGGCUCUGACAGGGAUGAGAUCCCCCUUGCCCCCUUCCAAAGUACAGCCUCACCCCCCUGGACCGGGGAAUGGGACAUGGGGGAGGGAGAGACCGAGACAAAGAUGGACCCUGCAACAUCCUCUGCCACAGUGCCCUCUGGAGUUGAUGAACCAAACCAGUCCUCUCAAUCAUUUACCCUCACACCUGCCCCUGAGUCUGAGUCUUCACCAGACUACCAGUCUGACUCCUUUGCUCUGCUGGACUGCCCAUGUGUGGAGAAGGUCCAGGGCUCCUCUCUACUUCCUGUUAAUGUGGAGUGGAAGAUCACUCUGGUGGGGCGCCACCUUCACCUCUUCCAGGAUGAGGGUCUGGACUAUGAGUGUGUCCUGACCAUCGAGGGUCGGUCAGUGGUGGUGGACGCGUACGUGGAGACAGAGGACACCCAGCCCUCUCUCUACUUCAUCACCUGCCAGCUACACCAGUAUACCUAUACUGCCAAGGCGAAGGAGUACGAUGCCGUGAUCAAUGUGAGGAGGAGAGACACCUUUCAGAUUGAUAGUGCUGACGACCUUCAUGUGACGUUGUUUAAGUGCUCUGUGGGCCGGUCAGACUGCAGCCGGUGUCGUAUGGCUGAGCAGAAGUACGGCUGUGUGUGGUGCGGGGGAGCUCGUUCCAGAUGCAGUUACCGGGACUCCUGCGCUGGCGAGAUCAAGCAGUCCUGCCCAGCACCCGUCAUCCACUUUAUGGAGCCCAUCUCUGGACCAGUAGAUGGUGGUACUGUGGUGACCAUCUCAGGCUCCAAUCUGGGACAGAAAGCUGAAGACAUCCAGAACUCUGUCACUUUAGCUGGUGUCCCCUGCACGGUCAUCAACAGCAGAUAUGAGAUCUCCUCUAGGAUUGUGUGUGAGACCACAGCCAGUGGGGUACAGAAGAGUGGCCAUGCCUCAGUCGAGGUGAGAGGAGGCGGGCUUGGACUCUCCAGUCAAAGGUUCAGCUUCCAGGACCCAGUUCUGUUGGAGAUAGCCCCUCGCAAGGGGCCCAAGGCUGGGGGCUCUGCGUUGACCGUAAUGGGCCAGAGCCUGAAGACUGGACACCUCAGUGAGGUCAGCGUGCUGAUUGGAGGAGUCCCAUGCCUGAUCUCCUCGGAGGUCAAGGAUGACCAGAUUACAUGUAUGACUGGAGGCAGCAACAGAACUGGAGCACAUGGAAUCACUGUCCGAUUUGGUAGAGCAGACCGCCAUCUAGAGGGAGACAUUUACUAUUACACCGCAGACCCUAACGUAACCAUGGCUACACCCUCCAAAAGCUUUCUCAGUGGUGGAAGACUGAUACGUGUGUCCGGACAAAACCUGGAUGUAGUCCAGGAGCCCAGAAUCCGGGUGACCGUUAGUCCUCUGGAGUCCCUCUCUCCGAGGAAGAACAGGAGGACAAGGAGGAGCAGCAGAGAUGGAGAGAGUAGAGUGAGACGUAGAGAAAUCCCACUCAAGAGGCAAAGACGGAUAGUUCCCGAGCCAGACUGUCCUGAAGACAUGCUCUGUGUUGUCAAACAGUUUGAGACGCGCUGUGCCGUGAGCAGCUCCUCUCUGAUGCUGUGCCCUACGCCUGCUGUGGUGACGGAGGCCCACAGUGCCCGGGUCAAGGUGGACUUCCUACUGGAUAACCUGCACUUUGACUUCAGCGCUGUGGGCAGCGGUGCUUUCAGUUACGAGCUCAACCCCAUCCUAAUCCCACUGAACCAGAAUGACCCCAGCAAACCCUACCAGCACAAACCUGGCAGCAUCAUCUCUGUGGAGGGGGAGAACCUGGACCUGGCCAUCUUUAAGGAGGAGGUAGUGGCUCUGAUCGGGGAUGGGGUGUGCUCGGUGAAGACCUUGACCCAUAACCACCUCUACUGUGAGCCUCCAUCCCAGCAGCCCUCAGUGAUGGCCAGCAAGAAGCAGGAGGGCAUGGAUUCUCUCCCCGAGUUCACUGUCCAGAUGGGCAACCUGAACUUCUCCCUGGGCAGAGUGCAGUAUGACACCCAGGUCCAGUCUACCUUCCCCCUGGAGGCCCAGGUGGGCUUGGGGGUGGGGGCCUCCAUCGUAGCCCUCAUCGUCCUCAUCAUAGUGCUCAUAUACAGGAGGAAGAGCAAACAGGCCGUGAGGGACUACAAGAAGGUCCAGAUUCAGCUGGAGAAUCUGGAGACCAGUGUGAGGGACCGCUGCAAGAAGGAGUUCACAGACCUGAUGACUGAAAUGAUGGACUGUUCCAGUGACCUGGUGGGUUCUGGUAUCCCCUUCCUGGACUACAGGGCAUAUGCAGAGCGCAUUUUCUUCCCUGGCCACCGGGAGUCGCCACUGAGGCGAGAUUUGGACGUGCCGGAGUGCCGUAGACAGACGGUGGAGCAGGGGCUGGUUCAGUUGUCCAACCUCCUCAACAGCAAACUAUUCCUCACCACGUUCAUCCACACCCUGGAGGUGCAGCGGACCUUCUCCCCUCGGGACCGGGCCUACGUGGCCUCUCUGCUCACCGUGGCCCUGCAUGGGAAGCUGGAGUACUUCACUGACAUCCUGAAGACUCUGCUCAAUGACCUGGUGGUGCAGUACAUGGCCAAGAACCCCAGACUGAUGCUCCGAAGAACUGAGUCAGUGGUGGAGAAGCUGCUGACCAACUGGAUGUCAAUGUGUCUGUUUACCUUCCUGAGGGAUACUGCAGGGGAAUCCUUCUACAUGCUGUUCAGAGCCAUUAAACACCAGGUGGACAAGGGACCGGUGGACGUUGUGACAGGAAAGGCCAAGUAUACACUCAACGACAACAGGCUGCUCCGCGAGGAUGUAGAUUACAAAACUCUGACACUGAAUGUCCUCAUGCCAGCGACAGGCAAUGGUGGCAUGCCCCAGACGGCUCCUGCCAAGGUGCUGGACUGUGACACCAUAACCCAGGUGAAGGAGAAGCUCCUGGAGCAAGCAUGGAAGAGCAUGUCCUUCUCCCAGAGGCCCCACACAGACUCUCUCCACCUGGAGUGGCGUGCGGGCACGGCAGGUCACCUGAUUCUGUCUGACGAGGACCUGACGUCGGUGGUGCAGGGCUCCUGGAAACGCCUCAACACCCUGCAGCAUUACAAGGUUCCGGAUGGAGCCACUGUUGCACUGGUACCCCGGAACACCAAACACAUCCACAAUGACAGCCAUGAUUACAUUCCUGGAGAGAAGACACCUAUGUUGGACGAUGGGGACGAGGGAGGCGUAAAGCUCUGGCACCUGGUGAAAACCAACGAGGAGCCAGACCUUCCCAAGCACAGGCGUGGCAGCCUGAGGGAGAGAGAGAGGGCCAAAGCCAUCCCUGAGAUCUACCUCACUCGCCUACUCUCCAUGAAGGGCACACUGCAGAAGUUUGUGGAUGACUUGUUCACAGUGAUCCUGAGCACUAACCAGCCAGUUCCCAUGGCUGUCAAGUACUUCUUUGACCUGCUGGAUGAGCAGGCUCUGCAACACAACAUCACAGACUCUGAGACCAUCCACAUCUGGAAGACUAACAGUUUACCCCUGAGGUUCUGGAUUAACAUCCUGAAGAACCCUCAGUUCAUCUUUGACGUUCAGGCAUCAGACCACGUGGACGCUGUGUUGUCUGUCAUAGCCCAGACCUUCAUGGAUUCCUGUACCAUUGCAGAGCACAAGCUGGGCAGGGACUCUCCUAUCAACAAGUUGCUGUAUGCCAGAGAUAUCCCACGGUACAAGCAGAUGGUAGAGAGAUACUAUGCUGACAUCAGGCAAACCAUUUCUGCCAGUGACCAGGAAAUGAAUUCUGCACUUGCAGAACUGUCUCGAAAUUAUGCUGGUGAGGUGAACUACCUUGUGGCCCUGCAUGAACUGUAUAAGUACAUCAACAAGUACUAUGAUCAGAUAAUCACUGCUCUAGAGGAGGACUCUACAGCCCAGAAGAUGCAGCUGGGAUACAGGCUCCAGCAGAUCUCGGCUGCUGUGGAGAAUAAAGUCACUGACCUAUGAUGACAGAGUGGCCAUGAGACAGGGGACAGGCCACAACACUGAGAUAACAGAGUGGCCAUGAGACAGAGGACAGGCCACAACACUGAGAUGACAGAGUGGCCCUGAGACAGAGGACAGGCCACAACACUGAGAUUACAGAGUGGCCCUGAGACAGAGGACAGGCCACAACACUGAGAUGACAGAGUGGCCCUGAGACAGAGGACAGGCUACGACACUUAGGAGAAGACAACAGCUGAGAUGAGUAGUCCCAAAUGAAAGAAAUGUUUGAAAAGGAGGAAGACACAGUGAAAUGAACAUACAGGGUGUGAUUUCAUACAGGGUGAGAUUUUCCUCUCUUUUUGGCAGACUGAAGGAAGGAAAGAAGGAAGAUGGUUGAGGGACACUCAGUCGCCACGUCCUUGUGGAGUUCCUGAUCAUAGAUUCUCCUGAUGAGCUGCACAGGACAUUUCCAUGGCAACCUGACUACAUUUUCCCAUUACUGCUCAGUGUGUAGAUACAUAGACAUUAUUCUGAGUAAGUAAGCAAAGUCCUGUUGAACUCUCUGCAUGGCUGCAGAGUAUCUGCAACAGGAAGUCAGUCUUAGUGGGAGGAAGUGGAUUUAUGAAGCUUACAGCACUGGAGAGAACUGAAUAGCAGUUAGUGCAUUGACGCUAUUAUCAUCGAAUGCCUCCUGUUUCUUUGAAUCACAUUUUCUAAGUCUUACUUUGUAUUAAAUAGCUAACAUUU